AUGUCGGCGCUUGGUGCAGAGCCUGCCACGUGCUCCGUGCCCUCGGACCUCGGGGGUGCAGGACGCUUCUUCCUCGCGUCCUGUUUCCUGCCUCUCCUCCGCUUUAUUGUUCAGCGUCCCUGUUCCUCCCUCGGGUCUCCUCCCAGCGUCUCCGCCUGCGGGUCUCCGGGGCGGACAAGUCCACGUCUGCCGCCGGGGAGCCUCGGGGUCCCGCAGGGCGACGACCCGGCCACGGGAGGACGGCUGCGCCCCGACAGCCCUUGGGGACGCCGAGGAACGCUCCGCUGCGCCCUUGCCAAGCCUGAGCUCGCCUGCCCGGCAGUGCGAGCACCCGCUCCGCGAGUGCCGGUCCCCCUCCUCGAGUGCCGGUCCCCCUCCACCAAGGGCAGAAAAGCGCUCCGGCAGCCCCGCGCCCCCGCUUCCCUGGUGUCUGGGCCCCAGCCAGGACGAUCUGCGUGGGGAAACCGGUUCGGGGGAGCAGGUCCUGUUCCGACCUUACUCUCGUUCUCCAGCCGGCCAGUGCGCUUUGUCCCUCCGGCGUGCUAUAAUUCACUAGCAAGCGGUUUAUGUGGCCAGUGCGCCUCUAAAUACGAGCCCUUCGGUACUGUCUCCAUCUCAUCAGUAGCUGAGGCCGUGGGGAACCUGACAGGAGCGCCAGCUCAGCUCACUUCACUGACACUAAGAUCUUCUGUCUCCGUUUUUCACGCCAAAAAACUGUGGCCACUGUAGAACUCACCCUGAGGGUAAGUGGGAACAGCAGGGCAUUCAGCAGCCAGGGAGCAACAAUGGCGAAUCUCCUCCCCCAAAGAAAUCAAUAAUUCUUUCCAUACUCACACUGGAUUAGAUUUGCAUGAAGGAUACCCAAGAAGUCAUAAUUAGGGUGGUUGCCCGUGGGUUGAGGGUGGGAGGGUGAGACAUAUGGGGAAAGGGAUAGGAGUGAGACUUUUUAUUGGAUGCCUUUUGAUAUAUAUAUUUUUUAUUUUGAAUCAUCAGAAUGUCUUCCCUGUUUUUUAAGUUUAAAUGAUAAAUUUUGAAAAGAAAAAAACUGAAAAAAAAUUUGUCUAGAGAAUUUUUCCUGGGAAAAAAGGAAAAGAAGUCCCCUUCAGAACUAGAGGACAGCAAAAGGUGUAGCUUCAUCUGGUUGCCUUACAAAGGCCUCAGCAACUGGGAAGGCCACAGGCAAGAAAAGUUAAGAUAAUAUUUUCAGCCGAAACCGGUUUGGCUCGCUGGAUGGAGCGUCAGCCUGCGGACU